AUGUCUCUUCUACCUUCACGCGAGGAGAUAGCGGAGGUGGACGGAGCCGAUGGGCAGGUGGGCAAAUGCCCUGCACUGGGCCGAUCAUCGUAUUUACCUAUGUCUGCAUCUAUCUUGCCUGCGGCAAUAACCAAUCUCCGYCCAUGGACAUCGGAAGAAGUUCUAGGAGACAUAACUGUAGCUCCUGAUUGUUCAUCAAGGAUACCUAGAGAUCCGAGUCCGGUUUCAGAAGAUCAAAUUGACCACAAACUACCAUCGCCCGAAGAACAGCAGCAGGUCAUCGCACAUAAGUUCCCGCCGCAAAUAGUCGAAGUUGACGUAUCCGGCAGGAGUUUUAACCGUAUGAGCGCGCUUAGGAGAUCUCUACAGAACGUUGAAUAUGAAACGUCUGUUAGACGACGAAAAAGCAAAAGGCCCAGAGGAAAGAGGAGGAAUACGAUUGCUGGAACUGAUCAAAAAGAAUUAGAAGCCGUUAUUGGCUCAUUAUCCGAUAGUAAUAAAGACUCUGACGACAUCGUGUCCAGCAGCACGACCGUAGUGGUGAGCGAGAAAAGGUCAAACCUUGAUUUGUUGAAAGAUUGGGGAAGAAUGAGAUUGAAACAAUUUAAAAACAUAGAACCAACAUCGUCGGCAGCAGUGAAACUUAGAGACAAAGGAAGAGUUGGGUUGGCUAGAAGAAAAUGGGAUAAGGACGAACCAGUGCAUUCUUCAUCUGGAAAUUGGUCAGCAAGUUCAGAGAGUGGACAGUCUACUUCGACUAGUCAUAUACCAAGGUCUAGCGUUAGCAGUUGCAGUGGUAGCACGAAACCGACGUACCACGGGGGAAGUUCGGUGACCAGCGACGAAGGUGAAACUGGUUCUACGUAUUCGUGUGAUACUGAAGGUUACUACACUUCGUUCCACGUGGACAGCGGUCUGAAGACGCUUCGGGAGGAAGAUCCACCACAACCGAUGUCCGCUUUGCACUCAACGUCGGCACUCACGCCCAGUUUCCAGUCGUCGUCCGCUGAAAGCGAAUACGAUGUCUUCGGCCGGGGCAGCACAUCAACCACUGCGAGCUCGGCCGGUACCGUGUGCACGUCGCUGAUGGUGUCACCACCGAACGUCCCGGAAAGGGGUGGCAGCAAGCUGUCGGAACGGUCGGCGGACGUCGCUUACGGCGGCUCGCUGCCCGACCGGAACAUCGCGCACGGCCCGAAGGACUCCUCGAUGGCGUUGUACGACAAAUCGAAAACGGCUCCGUCCCGACUGACCAAGGAGAAUGUGACUAGGUACAAAGAGGAGGGACUGAUGAUCGAUGUCAAGCCCAGGCCGUGCUURGAACACGGAGGCGGYGAUUCGCCGGACAGCGGGCACAACACGUGCAGUUCGCCGGUGGACUCGGUGACGAACCCGUCAGUUGACCUGGAGAUGUCCGAGUGUUCCGACCUGGAGGGUGUCGAUCGGGUGGAGAGGCUCCGGGUCAAAACCACCAUCAACACCAGCCGCAUACCGUCCAUGUGCGUCAUCACGCCACCGAUGAGCGACGACGAGGUGAGUCUGAAGACGAGCACCGCCGCCAUGAGGGUGAUCGUGCCGGACACGGACGAUUACGGCGAAUACGUCACGCUGGCGCACUACGCGAUACCCGAACCAGUAAAGGCCACGGUUGAGCCACCGGAACCAGCGACGAGCAAGGGAUUCGUACACCUGGACGAACUGCCGGCCGUGGGCACGUCCGAGCGACCCAGGCCAGCGGGCGCCCGAGUGACGCUAAACKCCGAGGGCCGAGUCAUAUACACGUCGGACAGCUUGAAGCGCCGGAAGAAGACGCACACGACCAACACGUUCGAGCCUGGUCCGUGCGUGAACGCCAACGUCCGGUCACUGCCCGUCAAAGAUAACUGCAACAGCGUUAUGUCGCAGGUCAUACCCCGUUCUCCGUUGAACGUCCGACCGGUGACCAAACAGCCGAACGGCGUCRGUGUGCUCAGUUCCGCCCUGCACAUCGUUGCUGCCAAGCCGAAACUCCAAGCCGAGCGUAAAACAUCGGCCGCCGCCCAGUUGAAACCGCUGGUGCCCAUACCGUUACCGUGUUCGCCGGGCCAGAGGCGCUCCUGCAAGACGACGACCGUGGGCCUACCGCUGACUGUGGCCACGGCGCUCGGCCGACACCGGGCCGACGCGUCCCGGGCGGUCGUGUUGCCGGACGGAGGCCGGUGUCCGUCCAACACCGUCGGCAAGCCCGUGUCGCCGCUGAUCUCGCCGACCCGGCGGAGUCUGUCGCCCAAGGAGGUGGUGCGGGGCGCGUACGUCCGGAUGCAAGACCCCACCGAGUGCCUGGAAACGAGCCUGGACGAGAUCAAGUCCGUGGUGAAGCGCAGCGACAGUUACAGGCAGGCCAACGCCACCAGUCCCCGGAUGCUCGGCAAGUCCCCGAACAUGCUGAUGGCGCUGCAAAAGGCCCGCAGCGAGACCACUCAAGAUACGAGCCGUGGUACACCACUCGCCUCGACGUCGAUCAAUAGCGACAACAGUGGCCGCGAACGCAGCGUCGGCCACGAACGGAACGUAUCUGCGUCCACGCCGGUGAAGAACGACCGAAGCGCCGGCCGAAUCGACAUGAGCAGCAACAACAUAUCGCCGAUACGAGACUGCCGCACAAGCCCGAAUGGUCGUCCGCAAACGCACGACCCGAAGCUACAACGGACGCCGACACCUCAGUCUCCUCCCGGCGACAAACACCGGACACUCGCGGCGCAGCAACCGUACGUACGUCCGGCGUCCGGGCGAUCGGCCAUGGACCUGUACGCGGCCAUUCACGAGUCGAAAAAGCGGUUGCUCGGCCAACAACCUGCGACGGUGGCCGUCACUGCCCCGGUACAAGCGACACAGCGUCAAACGCAACCACAGGCCGCCGCUGUGGUGCGGCGAGCACCGGAACGUCAGUCGGACCGAUACCGGCCUCGCGGCGACGACCGGUCGGCCGCACGGUACGACUUCAAACGGCUUUUGUUGCAGACCAACAUGGCGGGCGGCAGGCGCGCGCAACAAUCGGCCGUGGUGCGACUCCAGCAACCGCCGCCGCCGCCGAGGGCCGUCCACGCUCCGUUAUUGUCGACCGGGGCCGGCGGCCACUUCAGGCGAACGCCUUCUGGCUCGUCGUUCCGUAAAUCGAACGUGCUCGCUUCGACCAUACAGGAAGACUGCCGUGAAGACGAGGAAUAUCAAGGGACAUCGGUCGUUCCCAGGUCCGCGGCGCUCGUCAGUCGCACGCUCAAAGGCCUGCAGGCCGCAGCCACGCCCACGUGUUCCGCUCUCGAAACAUCCCUCUGA